UUAACUGCAUAAACUCAACAAUAUUGUCAGCAACUCCUAUACCUGCUCUGUGGCAGUAAGAGAGGGUGAUAAGGAGAAAGUAGCAGCAAAACCAAGGCACUGGCUGCAAUUUCCUGAGAGGAAAUAUUUUUCCCAUUUGAACUUCUCUUGAAAAAGGUAUCCUGCCCCCUCUUGAAGAACAUUUGUUUAGCCCAGAUGGCUUUUGCAGAGCUCCUGGAUCAAGUGGGAAACCUGGGGAGAUUCCAGAUCCUUCAGAUAGUUUUCCUUUGCACCACUAUAAUCAUAAUGUACCCCCAUCUGUUCCUGGAGAACUUCACAGCAGCCAUCCCUGCUCACCGCUGCUGGGUUCACCUCCUUGACAAUGACACCAUCUCAGCUAAUGACACUGGGACCCUCAGCCAAGAGGACCUCCUGAGAGUCUCCAUCCCCCUGGACUCCAGCCUGAGGCCAGAGAAGUGCCGGCGCUUCAUCCACCCCCAGUGGCAGCUCCUUCACCAGAAUGGCACCUUUCCCAAUGUGACAGAGCUGGACACGGAGCCCUGUGUGGAUGGCUGGGUGUAUGACCGCAGCACCUUCUCUUCCACCAUUGUGACUGAGUGGGAGCUGGUAUGUGAAUCUCAGUCACUAAGACUUGUGGUUCAGUCUGUACUUAUGACGGGGGCAUUGCUGGGAUCCCCUGUGUAUGGUUAUCUUUCAGACAGGUUUGGACGGAAGCUGGGACUCAGAUUGAGUAUUCUCCAACUGGCCAUCACAGGUACCAGUGCAGCCAUGGCCCCCAACCUCCUCAUCUACAGCUCACUGCGGUUUCUGGCAGGGUUUUGCAUCACUGUGAUUGUUUCAAACUCUUGUGCUUUGAUGUUGGAGUGGGUACAGCCCCAGUCACGAGCUCUGGUAACUAUGCUGAUGUUAAAUGUCUGCAGUGCAGGACAAAUCCUCCUCGGAGGGCUGGCUUCUGCCAUUCAAGACUGGCGCACACUGAUGCUCAUAUUUUCUGUUCCCCUGUUUGUCAAUUUCUUGGUCUCCAGGAAGCUGGUGGAGUCUGCACAGUGGCUAAUUAUUAGCAACCGUAUAGAGGAAGGCGUAAAGGAACUCAGAAGAGCUGCGCGCAUCAAUGGAAGACUUCAUGCUGAAGAGAACCUGACCUUUGAGUUUGUGAAGUCCACCAUGCAGAAAGAGUUGGAUACACCUCAGGUCAAAAUAUCAGUUUUUGAGUUAUUCCGUGCACCCAAACUACGUCUAAGAGUCUGUUUCACAUCGCUUCUCAGAUUUGCUACUGGUUUAACCUUCUAUGGUCUGGCACUCAACGUGCAAUACUUUGGAAAAAGUAUUUUCUUGGCCCAAAUUCUCUUUGGUAGUGUCAUCCUGGCAAGCAGAUGUGUUUUUUAUCCAGCAUUAAACCACAUUGGUCGCCGAACAAGCCAGCUACUAUUGUUCUUCACAUCAGGACUUUGCUUUCUGGCCAUUGCCUUCUUGUUCCAAGAAAUGCCGUCCACGUGUGCAGUUUUAGCAACUGUUGGAAUCAGUGUUAUUUCUAUCAUUAAUAUCAUUGCUUGUCUUCAUCACAAUGAACUCAUUCCCACGAUACUCAGGUUGACAUCCGGAGGAAUUCAAGUACUGACCAGUAGGACAGGGGCAGCGCUGGCUCCCCUGGUGAUGAUCUUAGGGGUAUACUCACUCCACCUGCCCUGGAUCAUCUAUGGAGUCAUCUGCAUCCUUGCUGGCCUUGCUUCCCAAGCUCUUCCUGAAACCAAGGAUUGUCCUCUCCCUAACACCAUCCAAGAUAUGGAAAACGAUACAAGAGAAUCAAGAAAAAUAAGGCAAGAAGAUAUGAAAAUAACCCAAUUUUAAGGAGUCCCCAAGAGCUAAUCACAAUCAUAGCAAAACAGAGGAGGAGGUGAAUGUUACACCUUUAUAACUGCAAAAGUUGCUAGAAAUAAAAUGGAUGUGUGGAUACUA